AUGGAUAAAGCAGAAACUGUUCUGGUAGAUAGUAUUAGAAUAGGAGUAUUGCCUGAUGUUGUUACCUACAACACUCUGAUAACUGGGUAUUGUGAAGUUUCUGGUUUUGACAAAGGCUAUUCUGUCAUUCACAGAAUGAAUGAGGCUGGCAUAGCUCCAGAUUUGAUUACCUAUUAUUCUUUGAUGGCUAGUGCCUCCAGGCAGCACUUGUUACAUUGCUGUCAUGAUAUGCUUGAAGAGAUGCUUGAUGUUGGGAUUACUCCUGAUUUAUGGAGUUAUAACACCUUGAUGUACUGCUAUUUUAAGUUGGGAAAGCCAAAUGAGGGAUACCGAAUUUUCCAUGACAUCAUCUGUCAAAAGAACUUAGUUCCUUGUCAAGCCACGGGCAAUAUCUUGAUUUGGGGACUUUGCAAUUAUGGGUUCGCUUAUCAUGCUCUAGUGUUAUUUAUUUGA